AUUAAUGCAGGUCGCUGAAAUCAAUUUUUUUAUGGCGACACAUGAAACCAAUUGCUGAUCUAAGCGAUUUGAACGAGUUCUUUGAAAACCUAUGUAUAUCAGCAAACCACACGCUCCAAGCUCAGUUUUAUUCAGUUUGUAUCCAAAGAUGGUCACACAGAAGGUUCCCUUCGUUUUGCUGGUUCUUGCUCAGGCGACUGCGAAUGCAGCGUGGCUGUUGCCCAAGGCUGGCGUCAACGAAUCCAGCUACAGUGUCCGUCAUUUGUCGAUGCAUUACUCGAGAGUAUUUCUCAGUGUGACAGUAAAAGGGAACGAUUCACCCACACUCAUCGAGGCCCAGUGGCCGGUAUCGCGCUUUCCAAUGCCAACUCUGAUAUUUCCCCACCGCGACGUACACGCGAAUGGGGCUCAUUCCGAUUGUACGCUGCUGCAGCAAGCGCAUUGGUCGCAGGUGGACAGCCUCAGUCGCUUGUGGGUUAUGGAUAUCGGCUGGCCGGGCAGCAGGUGUUCCCCCAGGCUGUUCGUCUUUGAUUUGAUACGCAACAAUGCGGAGCUCCUAAGAAUUGACUGCGGUCAGCACAUUGACUCCAACAACACCCAAAGCUUGGUUGUAAAACUGGGACCCAGGAUAGAGAGCUGCAAACUUGAACGACACAUAUAUUUCAUCCAGGGCCAAAGCCCGCAUAUUCUGGCCUACGAUAUACUGGAGCAGACCUGGCGAAGUCGUUCCCUGAAGAGCCACAAGUACGAGAGCAUGCAGCAAUCAUUUCCCAUCAAGCCAAUCGACUUCACUUUUGGUCUUCAGGGCGAGUUAAUUGUUGCCGAUCAAGAUGGCGGGCUCUAUAGCUCCGUAGACGUUCUGCAAUGGGAAGAGAAUGCUGCAUUUUCCUCCAAUUCUCUAGCAAAAAAACACAUACAACUCACCCGUCUGGGCACCCUUUUGGGCAAGGCUCGCAGCAUGGUCAUGGACAGCUUGGGAACCUUGUACUAUGCCAUAUCCAAGUUUGGAGCGGUAGUGCGGUGUGUCCAGCUGGCUAACAUCACGGCCGAGGGCAACGAAAUCAUCUAUCUGACAUCGAAAAACAUACAACAAAUCUUUUUUGGCACCAAUGGCGCCGUGUGGGUACUAAGUGAUCGUGUCUUGAAGACACAAGAUAUGUGUUUUCCUGGAAUGUUGUAAAACGAUAUGCACAUUUAAACUGUUACUUAAAAUGACUAAAUA